CUCCCUGCUCCAUUCCCCCGUUCCCCUUUUCUUCUCUCCAUCUCUUGCUUUUCUCUCCCUCCCUCCCUUGCCCCAGCUCAGAGCCAGCUGCAGCCCCUCCCAGGCAAAGUACAGCCCAGGGGGCCAGCGGGCGCCCAGCCCAGAGCCCGGGUUUGGCUUCAGCUGCUGGGCAAAGCCCCUGAUUAUGGGGUUGGGGAAGACGCGAACUCCCAAGAGAGCCGCUGGCUGCUGAGGCCACAGAUUUCUUGGGAACUCAAAGGGAGGAGUUUGGCUCUUUCUUUCUUUCUUUCUUUCUUUCUUUCUUUCUUCUACAGGUUCAGCAAAAGAUCUUCUCUAUCUCAUCCAAAUCUCAACCCCCUUGCACUCUAUCUAGCCCCAUCCCACCCACCCCCCCAUCUCUCUCUUUAUGCAACCUAGGCUGGAAGGGGGCUAUUUUUGGCCACACCAUAUUUUUAUGGAUUUUGACCUUUGCCAACUGGUUUUUGGAUGUUGUGACUCUUGGUUCCGGUGCCGUUUGCCAUCUGGCCAGCUCGGCGCCUGUGUCAUUCAGGGCAUGGUGCAAAACUCUGGGAUUGGGGGAGACGCCGAAGCAAACGACCGGGUUUGAAUUUUGAGUGUGGGGGGCGUAUCUCAGUUUUCUUGGAAGUUGCAAAAAAAAAAAUUAACUGUGUGUGUGUGUGAGAGAGCAAUUUUUUUCUGCACUUUAAAGUUGGCACCGCUUUUUCUAUGGAUUAAAACAAUUCUGGAUUUCUGCAUUUGCCUAAUUUCUGGAUUUUUUGAUCCAUUAAUUAGCAGAAUUUCUCAGCAAUUUCCACCCCAAGAUACUGAUUUUUUUUCUAGCUUUGGGUAGAAAGUUUGCACCAUUUCUGGACUUGUGAACAUGCACCAUUUCUGUGGAAGGAGAUUCAGGAUAUAAGGACGUGGUUUUGGUGAGGUUUCUGGAGUUAAGAUUAUUUUUUUCUUUCAUUGUGGGGGGAAAAGCCUUGUCUAGAUUUGUGGGGAGUCUGUGAUUUUUCUGGAGAUUUGAACUUGUUAAAAAACUCUGGAUUCGGGAGACAUUUUGUGACAUUGCUGGAUCUUGGAAUGUGCAAAAAACCGGUGUAUUUUGAGGGAAUUUUCAUGGCAUUUCUGGAUCUCUGCACUUGCAAAAAAGGGGGGAAAUUUUGAGCUCAUCGAAAAAUCGUCUUGAUUUGGGGACGUUUGCAAGUAUUCUGGAGUUUGGAAUGAGGCCACAUUUCUGGCUCCUUCGGCUCACAAAAAUGGUCUAGAUUUGGGGGAAAGGUCAGAAGAUUUCUACACGGUUGCAAGAUUGUUUUGCAAAAAUUGUCUGGAUUUUUCGCUGGCAAGGUUAGCAAGCUUUCCUGGCUUGGCUGCUCUGAGCUUUGGGGAGGAUCUGAAAUGCCUGCCCUUUGCUUUCUGGUUGCAACGCUGUCCUGUUCUUGCAAAAUCAGAUUCUGUCCUAACUUGUUGAACCUCCUUGCGUGCCUCGCUCCACGCACCAUGAAAGCAGCCAGGCCUCUCUGCAUGUGCCUGUGGUCGCUGGGUGUAUUUUGCUGACCAAAGACGCUGUUUGCAGAACACAAAAGACUCCUCGAUUCUCCGGAAAAUGAGUGGGAUUUUGCUCUUCCACGGCUGGACUUUCUGAAAAGAGUCGUGUUCGGAUCCGAGGGGAAACCCAACGGAUUUGCUGAGUUGGCUGGAAACCACUUAGGCCAAAAAUAUUGGGCUUGUUUGUUUGUUUGGUCUCCAAAGCUCAUGGAAGAAAGACCGAGGGAACAAUAAGGAACUGGGACACUUGUAAAUGAGACUUUGACAAAAGUUUACAAGAAAAUUGUGAUUCUCUCUCUCUCUUCCUUUCUCUCUCUCUCCACCCCCCCCCCAACAGAAAGAACCAAACAAAUCUGUAAACUCCAACGUAUUUUAAUCUAGGCCUUAAUUUACAGAUCAGGGGAAAGCCAGAACUCUGCCUGUCUUUCAUUUCACCCUUUUCUUCAUUCUUCGCCCCCUUUCUUUAACACGUUCCCAAGGUCUCUCCCUUUGCUUUCUCCUAUCACCCCACUUUCCUUCCCUCCCUCCUUCCCCAUCUGGCUUUGCCCACACGAGACCCCUCCCUGGAGGCACCAUGUCUGUAAGUAGAUUGAAGCUGGAGUUAUUCCGUCCUGUUUUCACCCUCACCCCGGAAUGGUCCCUGCCACCCUGUCUGGGGGGAAUGAGCCCUGUACUGGGGGAUACUGGUCUGCCACCAAGCAGCACUGGGAGCACUGGUUCCUCUGACCCCAGGCCUAGCCAGCACUGGGGGUCCCUGGCCUCUCUCCCGGCUGGCCCUGAGGGUCCCCGGCCUAUCUGCCAACCGAUCCUGGGGGUCCCCGGUCUCUCUCCCAGCCGGCUCUGGGGGUUCACUGCCUCUCUCCCGGCCGACCAUGGGGGUCCCCGGUCUCUCUCCCAGUCGGCCCUGGGGGUCCCCAGUCUCUCUCCCAGUCGGCCCUGGGGGUCCCCGGUCUCUCUCCUGGACGGCUAUGGGGGUCCCUGGUCUCUCUCGCGGCCGGCUCUGGGAGUCCCCAGCCUCUCUCCCGGCCGGCUCUGGGGGUCCCCAGCCUCUCUCCCAGCCGGCUCUGGGGGUCCCUGGUCUCUCUCCCAACCGGCCCUGGGGGUUCACUGCUCCCUCUGCCCCCAGGCUCAGUUGGCCCGAGCGCUGUUUGACAACGUGGCCGAGUGCCCGGAGGAGCUCUCCUUCCGCCGGGGGGACCUGAUGCUGGUGCUGCAGCCCGAGGUGCCCGGCCUGGCCGGCUGGCACCUCUGCUCGCUGCACGGGCAGCAGGGCAUCGUCCCAGCCAACCGCGUCCGCAUCCUGCCCGAGUCGGGGCCCUCUGACCUCUCUCCGGUGCCCCGCAAGGAGAGUGCGCCAGCUGCCCUCUACGACCCACCUCGGGGCCAGAGGAGGAGCAGCGCAGGGCAGAAGGAGGAGCAGCAGGAGGUGUAUGUGGUGCCCCCACCCACCCGGCCAUUCCUGACCCCCUGUGAUGAUAUCUACAAGGUGCCCCGUGCCACCCGGAGAGACAGGGACCCCAGUGAGGUCUAUGAUGUCCCCUGCUCACUCCUGCGGGACGCCCCCCUCUCCGACACCUAUGACACCCCCUCGCCCUUCCCCAAGCAGGUGGCAGAGCCGGACACCAACCCCUACAAUGUGCCCCCCCCGGCCAAGCCGCCCCCUGGCCAGGAGGAGGAAGAGGAGGAGGAGGAGGGACGGGAGGAAGAACCAGGCCCUGUCUACGCCACCCCCUCCAACCUGCGCCGGGCGUCCGCCCUGCUCAACCUGUACGAGUCGCCUGAGGAGCUGCUAGGGGGGGAGUACGACCUGCCGGGCCCCUCCCCGCCGGAGGCAGCCCUGGGGGGGCUGAGCCUGGGCGAGGCGGGGGGUGUGGGUGGGCGUCCCCGCCUGCCCUCGGCCGAGAGCCUCUCGCGCCGCCCUCUGCCCGCCCUGCCCUCGCCUGGCGCCCCCCGCAAGGGCAGCAUUCAGGACCGGCCGCUGCCCCCGCCCCCGCCCCGCCUGGGAGGGCUGGCUGGGGGGCCGGACGAGGGGGCGGGGGAUGGGCACAGCGAAUACGAGGGGAUCCGACUGGCGGAGGAAUACGACUACGUCCACCUCAAGGGGACAGGCAGGCUCCAGCCCCCGGCUACAGACUGUGACCCCCCAGAGGAGGUGACCAGCCCCAGACCCCAACCAGAGACCCCCCUUUUGCUGGAGGAGGAAGAGGUGCCUCCCAGCCCCGAGGACGCCCAGCUGCUGCAGUUCUACGCAGGCCAGUGCCGGACGCACUACGCCACCCUCCUGGCGGCCACGGAGGCCCUGCUGGCCAGCGCCGGAGCCAACCAGCCACCGGGUGUCUUCGUGCCGCACGGGCGCUUCGUACUGGUCACGGCGCACAAGCUGGUCUUCGUGGGCGACACGCUGGCGCGCCAGGCAGCCUCGGCCCCCCUGCGGGCCCGGGUGGGGGCGGCCGCCAGCGCCCUGUGCCAGGCCCUCAAGGGGGCUGUGCUGUCAGUCAAGGGGGCGGCGCUGAGCUACCCUUCGGCCCCGGCUGCCCGCCUGCUCCAGGAGCGCCUGGCCGAGCUCUCCCGGCGGGCCCUGGGCUUCACGAGUCUGCUCAGCACCCUGGCCCCCUCCUGACCCCCUGACACCAAUGAUCCUUGGGUGACCUCUGACCCGCUCCCCAGGGUCCUCUGUGCCAAAUAAACCCAUGACCUCUGACCCCUGACAAUUAGCCCUGUAUGGCCUCUGACCCCCUGCCACUUGGCCCAUCUCACCUCUGACCCCGUGCAUUGACCUCUGACAGUCCCAAAGCCUCCUAGCAAAUGAUCCCUAUGUGACCUCUGACCCCAAAGGCCCUACCCAAACCAAUUGUGACCGCAGACCAAGGCCCUCCCACAUCCAGUGUCUUACUGCAGCCUCUGACCCCUGGCUAGUUCCCCCUAAGCCAAUGACACUGGGAGCCCUGGCCUUGACCUUUAGCCUCCCACAACUGAGCUCCAUUUCCCCCUUGACCUUUGCCCUCUGUCCCACUUUGACCUGGGAGCCCCAUUAUCUUCACCCUUGACCCCACCCAAGGGCUUCCUCUCCUGGCCUGCCCCCCCC